CAAUGUAUUACUGAAAUCUAAAAUAUUUUUAAAAGUGUUUGAUGAAAAAGAUAGAUUUAUGAUUUGUUGAAGAGAACUGCAGAUUUACUUAUCAGAUGAAAAAGAGGACUUGCUGCAGUUUGUGGUUGUGUCACAUGUGCAAGCGAGUGUGACUGAAUAGGUUUUUUUCCACUUUGCCAGUCAGACAGGCACAGAUGGCAACCAGCACUGAGGUGGCAUUCUUUCAUACCAUGAUGGCAACUGAGGAUGAGCUCUACAACUAUUAUUACUAUGAUUUGAAUAUCACAGUGAUUCCGAUGCCAGACACUGCAGGCGAGGAGCAACCUCUCUCCAUGUCUCACAUCUAUCUCCCAAUGUUGUAUUUUGUCAUGUUCUUUGCUGGAUUCACUGGGAACCUAUUUGUCCUCAUAGUUAUUGGUAACAGGCACAAGAAGAAUGCACGUCUGGUAGAUACAUUUGUGCUGAACCUUGCUCUAGCAGACCUGGUUUUUGUCUUUACUUUGCCACUAUGGGCUGUCUCAGCUAUGAAGGAUAACCACUGGCCGUUUGGGGAAUUGCUGUGCAAGGUCAGCAGCUAUGUCAUUGCAGUCAACCGCUUUUCCAACAUUUUCUUUCUCACAUGCAUGAGUGUGGACCGAUACCUUGCCAUAGUGCGCCUUAUGGACUCUCACUUUCUCAGGAGCAGCAAAUGUAUACAUCUAACCUGUGGAUUGGUAUGGGGAUCAUCGCUGAUCCUGGGGACACCAUCACUGGUUUAUCGCAAGCUGAAUGAAAGUGGCUUGUGUAUCGAUGACCUGGAUUCCUCCUUUUAUCAAGGUAUGAUGCUGCUGACUGUAUUUCUGACCUUUCUGCUGCCUGUGUUGAUUAUCCUCCUGUGUUAUGGCUCAAUCGUCUUCAAACUGCGGCACCACUGUGUCUCUGCCGGAAAUUCGCGCGCUGAAGCCCGAUGUCGCCACUCUCUCAAAAUUGUUUUCACCAUCAUUGUAGUCUUUCUGGUAUCUUGGCUGCCCUACAACGUGUUGAGGACAAUUCAAGUAAUCUGCAAGAUCACUAAUGUCAAGCUGAAUGAUGACACCCACCUAUAUUUGGCUAGAGGGCUCAUCAUCUCCUCCUGCCUGGCCUUUCUUAACAGCUGUAUGAAUCCAGUCAUUUACUUGUUCCUGGAUAAGCAUUUCAGACGCAGCGCAGCUGCACAAUGCAAGUCAUGCAUAGGCAAGGGGGAUGUACAGCAGAGUUACAUGUCCUCUACCUCAACUGCCUCAAAUGGUCUCUCCGAGAGUCUGGGAAGCACUGCAAUCCGUGGCCGUGCCUUCUCCCUCACUCAAAAGAAAUGAACUUUUCUCAGCCACAUCUAUCAACAAAGCUUUACAUGAUUUUAGAUUUAUUGUUAAAGACAGAAAUAUACUCCAAUCUAUUUCUUUCUUAUAUUAUUUUAGGAAUGCAUGAAAGGAUUAGAUUUGCAGUAGGAUGUGGUCAUGUCAUUACGAUUGUUGGAUAUUGUAAUUAAUUCUUAACAAUACUUUCUUGAAGGUACUCCUCAAAUGUGUGCCAGAAAUGUUUCAUGAUAUUUUUCAGUGUAUGUUCUCGAUAUUAUUCAAUAUAAAAUACCUGAAUACUUUACAGUAUUUUACAAAUGUUUUUUCUAAAAUGUUGUAAAUACAAAGAUGCCAGUAGAUAUUUUAAUGAAAUUUUUUUGACUGUUUUGCUCGACAUAUCUGACUGUUAUAUCUCGACAUAUCUGACUGAAAAAAAAAAUACCUAUUUCCUUUAUGGCAUUAAAUAAAUCAUUGCUCAAAUUGAAUAUCUGUAAUUUCAACAUGCAUGAGACUGAUCUUAAUAAAUGCAGGAAUUUAUGUAAUUGUUCUACUUUCUAUGUUUUUUUUUCUUUAUAUUAAAACAGAUUAUUAUUAUUUUUUAUGCUCAUUG